AUGAAGAAAAUACUAAUAUUUUUUAUUAUCUUAUAUUUCAACCUUGACAUUUCGGUGUUAUGCCAUCCAGUCGAAUUAUUAAAGAUUUUAGAUGAUUUAAAAGUUAAUUCAGAAGAUAGAGUUGGAAUAUUUUCAAACUCGAGUAAAAUGAAAAAGAGGUCAAAAAGUAGGGAAUCAGUAAGAAACAAAAAUUCAAGGGAAAUGCAAAUACAAUAUUCAUCAGCUAAGACUG